AUGACUUACGAGACUAUGGAUGAGGCCAGGGAUCGGCCCCACUGUCUAAUACCCGUCUCAUUCACGGUAUCGGAUGAGGAGACCUACGAACUCAAGAGUAUUCAGUUGUGUCCACACGAAGACCUCAAUGAAAACACUACAGACAGCACCCGAUCGGCCACACAAAACGCCCGGUGCUAUAAGUUCACGGACGGCAACAUAGCUCUGAAUAUUAUCGAUACCCCGGGUAUUGCUGAUACAGAGGGUAUUGAAAGGGAUAAUAAAAAUAUGGAAAACCUCUUGCAUUUUAUAUCCAAUUAUCGAGAGAUUAACGCCAUUUGUGUGCUCCUGAAGCCUAAUAACGCUAGAGUUGACGCUAUUUUCAAGUAUUGUUUGUUACAGUUGUUCAGUCACUUGAAUAAGUCUGCGGCCGAUAACAUACUGUUCCUCUUUACCAACGCCCGGUCCACCCAAUACGCACCGGGAGAGUCGGGUCCCUCACUGAAGGCAUUAUUAGAGACAUUGAAAACCAAUGCCCCAAAUGUGGACAUACCUUAUAAUCGGAGUACAAUAUUUUGUUUUAAUAACGAAGCCUUCCGGUAUCUCGUGGCUACUGUUCCCCCAAAUGAUAUGGUGUUUAGCGAGGAUUCAACACAGGAAUACAUACGGAGUUGGAGCCAAUCUAUCAAAGAGUGCGAUCGUCUCCUGGAGCGCAUUGCAUCCCUAAAACCAUAUAAAGUGAUGGACACCCUGUCCCUCAAUAACGCCAAACUGAAUAUCCAGCUAUUGAUUCAGCCAUUGGUCGAUAUAUCGAAAAAUAUCGCCCAAAACAUCAUUGAAUGCGAGAAACAGAUGAAUCGUUUACAAAAGUUUAAGGGAAACAUACAGGCGCUGGAAGAGGAGCUAUACGUCCCUUUCAUGUCAUUAAUACCUAAACGCUUAGAUCACCCUUAUACAGUUUGCACUGCCAAAGGUUGUUGUAGUAUUUUAGGUAACAGAGGAUGGGAGUACCCUGACUUUGGCCCUAAGGCUGAUAAUAAGCCACGAAAACGUGAAACGGUUGACAAGUGCUAG